UUAUAUUGGUGACCGUGAUGAUUCCAUACUCAUGCCUCUGUCUUUCGCACACGUCAUGGCUAAUGUGAGUAUAGGUAUGUUGAGAUUUCAGCCAAAAUCCACUAUUUAUAUCGAUUCACACUGUCAGUAUCGCAUCAGUUGAGCUGAGUAAAAGAAGUGAAGAGAUUUUGCACGUGAUCGCAGUCAAAUAUUCAAUUCAAAUAAAAUGGUUUGCUUGGAUUGUUCAAUAGUGCCUCUGAGUUUAAUCACCUUAGUGAUACUUGGAUACUUGUGGGUGAAAAAACAGUUUAGGUUCUUCGAGGACAAAGGCAUUCCAUUUGUGAAGCCCACGUUUCCCUUCGGAAACCUUUCCGGCGUCGGCAAAGACAGACACAUGGGCGUAUUUAUCAAUGAAGCAUACAAAGAACUAAAAGGAAAAGAUGUCGUUGGUGGUAUUUUCUUCUUCACGAGUCCUUCCGUUAUGCCAUUGGAUUUGGAUUUUCUGAAACACGUUUUCGUGAAGGAUUUCCAGUAUUUUCAUGAUCGUGGAAUGUACGUGAAUGAAAAGGAUGAUCCUCUUUCUGCACAUCUAUUCUCAAUUGCCGGUCAAAAGUGGAAACAUUUGAGGAAUAAGCUCAGUCCGACCUUUACUUCUGGAAAAAUGAAAAUGAUGCACAGCACUCUAAUCGCCGUAGCGCACGAAUUCCAAAAAUACCUGGGCGAGUGUGCUGAUAACGAAGAGGAAGUCGAACUGAAAGACGUUCUCGCAAGAUUCACAACGGACGUCAUUGGAAGUUGUGCCUUCGGAAUUGAGUGUAACAGUCUGAAGGAUCCAAACACACAAUUCCGUGAAAUGGGAAAGAAGACCUUUGAACUCAAAGGUUUUGAUUUCAUACGUAUACUUUUCAUUACAAUGUUUCCAAAUAUCGGAAGAGCUUUGCGCAUGAAAAUGAAUAAAGAUGAUGUAACAGACUUUUUCAUGAAUGUCCUCAGAGAAACAAUUGAAUAUAGAGAAAAGAACGAUGUCAAAAGAAAUGACUUUCUCUCACUUUUGAUACAACUUAAAAAUACCGGGAAAAUAGAAGGUGAAGAUACAGAUUUCGGCAAGAUUACAUUUGAGGAAUUGGCUGCUCAAACGUUCCUCUUCUUUGCUGCUGGAUUUGAGACAUCUUCAUCUACAAUGACUUUCGCUCUUUACGAAUUGGCCAAGGAGCAGGAAAUUCAGGAUCGAGUUAGAGAAGAAAUAAACCGUGUUCUCGGUGAACAUAAUGGAGAAUAUUCAUACGACGCUUGCAUGGAGAUGAAGUAUCUGGAUCAAGUUAUUAAGGAAACUUUAAGAAUUCAUCCGAUUGUUCCGAAUUUGGUUAGAACUUUGAAUAAGGACUACAAAAUUCCGAACAGGGAUUACGUGUUCAAGGAAGGAACGUUCUUCACAGUUCCCGUCAUUGGCAUUCAUAAUGAUCCCGACAUCUAUCCUGAUCCUGCAAAAUUCGACCCAGACCGUUUCACCGAAGAGAACAUCAAGAAUCGCCAUCCCUUUGCUUGGAUUCCAUUCGGAGAAGGCCCACGAAAUUGCAUCGGAAUGAGAUUCGGAAUGAUGCAAACACGCGUUGGAUUGGCCACUCUUCUCAGCAAAUACAGGAUCAAACUCACAUCAAGGACUCCUAUUCCCAUGGACUAUUUGCCUUCAUCUGCGGGCGUACUUUCGCCAAGGGACGGAAUGUGGCUGAAGAUCGAGAAGGCAUAAUUUGAGCGUAUCCACAGACUGACUAAGCAGUUUCGUGGAUCAGUGUUAGAUAUAUGUACAUACAUAUAGUAAAGAGUAACUAGAGAACAUUGAAGAA